AUGGUAGUGAAGGAUGAGCAGUCAGCAGUUUUGCACACGGCACCACCAACUGACCUUUUGCCGGAGCUUAUCGGAGUGAAGAUUGGUCUUACUCAGACGCCGGACCUCGUGAUUCAUCAUGAUAGUUACUCUAAACAGGUUUCUUCUACUAAAAUCUUUGAUGGUAUUAAGUCAACCGAGUUUGUGGAAUCUCCUCUUUGCAUUGCUUCUGUGAAUGUUCCUUCGUCUGCUUCUCUAGUACCGCUUUUUGAUUCCUCGCAUUUUUCUGUGUAUUCUGACUCUUCUUCUGUUUCAACUCAAUGUUCACCUUGUAUGUUGUCUCGGUCGACGUUAACCUCUACUGUGGUAACUUCUGUUCCGGCGAAAUCACCCGUUGUUUCCUCGUCUUUGGCACCCCCUGUCUCCUUGGUUCGCUCAAACUUGGAUACUCUGCCUUCAAAUGUUGAUCUUGGUUCACAAACCCAGUCCUCCUUUACGACGGAAUCCUUAACAAUGACAGAUGUACGCGCUCUGAAAUCGAUUAUGCUGCAGACUGAAGACACUGAUUUUAUAUGGGAUGAGGAGAUUCCUGGCGCUUCAUCUCUAAAGUAUAUGUCAGUUGAAACCUAUCCUUUACCGGCUAAACAUCGCUCAAUUCAGUGUUUACUGAUUGAACCACCUUCCGAACGUGAGGCUCCUGUUGACGAAGGAACAGACCUUGAAUACGAGGAAAUUGAAGUUAAGGAAACGUACUACAAAUUUGCAGACUCCCAUGCCAUCGCGACGCAGACUGAACGGGUGCCUUUGAUCGAGUGGAUGGAGUUUUCGAGUGACACCGGUUUUCAUAACGAAAGGUCCAGAAAUGAGUUCUACGAGGUGUUCCAAGUUGUUCGUAACUCCACAUGGCGUAAUUGUGUAACCGAUGAACUAAAUGACUAUUUCACAAGCGUUGGAUUCUCGCAGCUGAAUCACAAAAUCUACACCGAAGUUCUUCAUCGGGGUUUCUUGAAGGAGGCCGUGUGCCAGAGCGUGGAAGAACUGCCAUCUGUAGCAGAAACUGGCGUCCAGUUCCCAUAUGAGACAGUCGUUCGUGAACCAUUUGAAUAUUCAGCUAAAUCUGACAGUGAACAAAGUGCCGAAGAAACGUACGAGUCGCGGCUUAUCCUAGGACAGAUCGCAGAAACUGAGUGCUUUGCUUCUCCUACAACCCAGGACCUUGGGGUUCAAACCCAACCAGAUAGUGCGUUGAUUUCUAGUGCCAGAACUGCAGAACAUGAAGUUGUGGAAAUUAAAGCUUCUCAUGAAUCUAGCCUAUUUCAACAACCGCCAACUGAUCAGGUGUUCACGCUGGAAGUAGGCAAUCAGACAGACCUUGGGUUAACCACUGAGAAAUACGAAAUGCACAAGCAGGACAAGAAUGUCACGGAGUCGGAAAUAAUCCACGAAGUACACGUGCUGGACGAACCGAUGUACGUUAAGACCCAGGUCCUCUUUUCUUCCGUGACGGAGGCCACGCAAACAGACCAACUUCCAUACGACUAUCUACAGCAACAGAUUGACACUUAUAAGAUUAAAAAGUCGCAAAUUAGCUGCCUGCACGACUUGGACAUCACGACGUACUUCUUCGAUGAAGAUAUCCAUGAGGAAGAAUACUUAAGGCGUUCGCACGAAACCUACUUGGUCACGCCACAAAGGCCUUUGGAGACUGAAACCGUGCCAAUUACUCUUCGCCAGCGUGUUGUCGAGCACGAGCUAUGCGACAUGGUGAGCCAAAUCGACGCCAAACGUUGGAAUGACAUUCGGGAGGUUGCAAGUCCAAUAACUGGUCUAUUCGCACCUGUGAGCUUCGCCGUGCGACAAGGAUGGAUCCGUUUGGGCAGGUGGAACGACUACGUAGAUCCUACAACUGGACAUGCCAUUCCACUGGAGACAGCACUUGCCCAGGGCCGAAUUCGUUUCGCCUCAUCACGUGACGCCACGUCUUCCGGCCAAUUAAACUCAUCGUUAGUGUACAUUGAACGCGAAUCUGUCGUCCAGGAACGCGUGGAAGCCUUGUGCGUCCUGAACACAUCUACUCGAGAGCACUUGACCAUAGCUCAGGCCCGAAGGGAAGGAUUAAUUCGGGAAGACGAACAUCAUUUAACUUGGAUCUUGAACGUUCGAGAGGGAGUUUGGAUUACAGCCGAGGAAGCCGUGUCGCAAAACAUCCUCACGGUAGCGAAACUCCGUGAACAGGAAAAGACUGAAGUUGAAGAAACAGCCAUACAGCAUCAGCAGACUGUAAUCCGCGCGUACCACGUGACAGCUGUCAGACCGGGUGGUGAACCGUCGGAGUGGCUGAAACCGGACGAGGCUGUCCAACUUGGUCUCUUUAAUUGGCAGACCGGUGAUUUGGCCGUAGACUGGCCGGCGCGACCCGCAUACUGUCAGUACCGUGAAGAGACGACCACAUCUUCAGAAUACGUAGUGACGCAGUGGUGCAACUUCUUGACGGCUCGUCAAGCCGGGUGGAUCAGACUUACCCCGGAAAUGAAUUUCAACAAAUGGGUGCCGUUCAGUCAGCCGGGCAUCGGCAACUCCAACCGACGCCUUUUGUCAACUUCGGUCAGUUUAGUUUCCGAAACGGAGGAGAAUUUCACCUAUCACCGAACUCAUCACUUCACAACCACCGAGUCGCGAGAAUACUAUCAGAGUUCUCGACGCAGUGACAGUCUUCGAGACUACUCCAGGCAAUAUGAAAGGUACGCACCGGUCAUAACGCGCCAUGCUCGUCUUGGCAGUGGCUCUCAUUCCCCGGAAUUCGGAACUGAGAGCUCCUUUAGCCAACCUGUUCUUGGUGAAGUUGGUGAAUUUGAGCACAGUGACCCCUACACUUUAUUCGCCAGACAUCAAGGCCAUCUGGAAGGUAGUGAAGAGCAAGCAUCAACCGUGGAGCAGGAAUUGUAUGACAGUGGAAUGCAAGGCGAAAGAGAAACCCAAAUUUACACCUAUCCCGCGACAAAUUACCCCUCAGACGAACAUGUGAGCACUGUGCGACACGAGUUUGAGGAAAUACGUGGAUUCACUGGCCCGGAGAGAAGCGACGAAGAAGGCGUGCAGAGGUGGAUAAGAGAAAGGCAACAGCAAGUUCACCAUCACGGGCAGACUGAAAUUUCGAGGCAAACGCGGCAGGAUGUUAGUUCAGGCGAUCAUUACCACGCAACCGCUUCGAGUGUUAGCCAAAGGCGCGAAGAAAGCUAUCGGUCGACGGCCACGUCAAGUACUACCCGCCAUCAGCAGCAGGAAUCCUCCUCCACCUACACUACGCAUUAUUCCCAACAGCACCAAUCUGAUGCGCAUUGA